UUAGACGUUUCAUUGGUGCGUCUUCUCGUUGUACACAAAGCGGAACGCUUUACGACUACGCAGGCUGAAGCGAUUCACGUUUUAGCGAACAACUAGCGACCAAUAAGAACAGGAUCAGGAUGAUUGAGGUGGUUUGCAAUGACCGGCUGGGCAAGAAGGUCCGGGUGAAGUGCAACUCAGAAGACACUAUAGGAGACCUGAAGAAGCUCAUCGCUGCCCAGACCGGCACCCGGUGGGACAAGAUCGUACUCAAGAAAUGGUACACCAUAUUCAAGGACCAUGUGUCUCUGGGAGACUAUGAGAUCCAUGAUGGACAGAACCUGGAGCUUUACUACCAGUAGAAGACUGGAGGACACACACACACACACACACACACAUACGGGCACACACACACACACACAUACGGGCACACACACAGGCACGCACAUACGGGCACGCACACACAAACACACACAUACGGGCACGCACACACACACACGAGAGACACACUUCUAUUUAAUAACAAGGCGUGAGUUUGUUGACCAUUGGAUCAUGGUUUGCGAAAAUACAUUGUUGAAGUUGUAGUGAUUUAAAUGUUUUGAUAUUGUUUGGAAAUAAAAGCAAAUAUUUA